AUGGAGACUAACGUUUUGUCACUUUUACUGAUGCCACUUCAACCCGCGCAUAACGAUCCGUUUCAGACCCUUGCGCUGCUUCGGACACAAGUAAUGUCGCUUUCACUUGCCGCCGAAACCAACCUUGACCCAGCUUUCCUCGCAGCCUGCGUCGACGCCUCCUACCCAUCCUUAUCUUACGUCUCAUCUUCGUCUUCCGUCUCGUCUUCAUCUUCCGAUGACACGGUCGCUUCCCCGACUGCUUCUCUCAUUCCUUCUCCUACCGCGACUCUCGUCUCUUCGACCGGCCUUGCAGCUUCCAAGACCAGGUUCGUCAGCGAGGAGGAACACAUGAGUCACCUACUCGCCAAGUAUCCGGCUGCCAUCACGGACUUCUAUGGAUCUGGCACGUCCUGCGUUUACAAGACCGGGCCUGCAUGGCCCGUUGCCCAAGGUCCUCAGUCUCAGAAGAUUAUGCGCGCGGCCCGUCCCAUCUACAAGCACGGCAUCGCGCCGAUCUGGCUCGAUACUGCGUGGAGCAUCGUCGCCGAGCUCGAGACGCUCCAGGUGGACUGGAAUGCGGUUGAUCCUCUCGCCUACGCGAAUGCAGGUCAGGCGGCCUUGAUUUGCGAAUUCGUGAUCACGAUUGGCGUGAAGCCGCGCUCCCUUGCAUAUGAAGCUGCUGUGGCUGCUGCUGAAGUCGUCGAUGGGAUCCUCGAUGUAGCCGGCUUCCCCGAGAUCCAAGUCGCAUUCAUCGAAUCCGUUUACCGCCGCCAGGGGAAGCUCAUGGGCUUCGAUCCGACGUACGAAUUGCAGGGCAUUCCCGGCCUUCGGAAGCCGUUCACCCCUACUCUCGGUCUCGCUAUCGCGCCUUACAAGUUGCCUUACUACGAGGGUACAGGCGGCUUGUACCUCCGCCUCAACACUGACCAGUCCGACAAGCGCACUGUACUCCUGACCUGCGCCCACGUCGCCCACCCGGCCCCGCUCUUUGACAACCAGGAGUAUACGCGCAAGUUCGACAGCCAGCCGCGCGAGGACAUCAUUCUCCUCGGCGGCGGAUCAUUCGAUGACUCCGUCAAGGAUAUCAUGAAGUUUAUUGGUUACCAGUCGAGGGCUAUUGCCAGCUGGGAGACGCCCCUCCGUAGGAUCCCAGAGCCGGCAGAGAGCGAGGCUGUUGAUGUCACGGCGAAGCGAAAGGAACUGACUUACUUGAUCACCGCGGCGAAGGACAAGAUCAGAGCGGCGAACGAACUCCACUCCCACGUCACCAAGAACCACACCACGACCGCCUCCCGCCUUUUCGGGUUCAUUCUCCACUGCGCCAAGAUCGAGGUCGGCAGCGACGGGUUUAUGUACGACUGGGCCUUGAUCCAGAUUGACGACGAUAAGGUGGAGAUGAAGGACUUCAAAGGCAAUCAGGUCUUCGUCGGCGGCAACAAGACCGCUGCUGAUUGGGAAGAUUAUAUGUUCGCUCAGCUUCACGACCGUCACGACUUCCAUGUGCCCGAUGACUUGCUUCUUCAGAUCCAGGACUACGUCCGCGAGGCCGAAUUCCGCGACCCGCAGAACUACGACGUCCACAACGCCAAGAAUCUGCUGGCGGUCAAGAAUGGUCGUACCACCGGCACCACCUUCGGCCGCGUUAACGGGCUGGAGUCGAUUACCCGUCAUCAUUCCGAGCAAGGCAUCGAAACGAAGGCGGUCGAGAUCAUUGUCUGCGGCUACGACACCAAGACGGGUGAGAACGAGAAGUUCUCCGACGAAGGAGACUCUGGCUCUAUGGUGGUCGGCAGGGACGGUCGUAUCAUUGGUCUGCUGAUGGGUGGAGGAGGGUCUACUGCCAAGACGGAUAAGACUUACAUCACUCCCUUCUAUGCCCUCAAGAAGGAGAUCGAGAAGAAGUACCCCAAGGCUUUCGUCCUCCCAGCCGAUGCCUGA